GGAAGACAACCGGACGAAGUCGUGUUACGACAAAAAUGCUGCCAAGUGAGAAAAAAAUAAUAAAAAAUGUUUAUUGUGUUGUUUAUAAUAAAUUGAAAUGUUUAGAUGGCUCAAGCUGGGUUUUAUUCAUCUGGCACUGACGCAGCACCAGACUCGGCACGAUGUUAUGUUUGUUUCAAAGAAUUAGAAGGCUGGGAACCACACGAUAAUCCAUGGUAAUUGAAGUUUGGUUUUGUGAAAAAUAUCCCAGAAACCUUUGCUGGAGAGUCUCGCACUUCCCCUGAAAAGUCAUGUACCUCCCCUUCGGAAAGGUAGAUCAAAGUGAAAAAUUAACAAAUUUUAUGUGUUGCUUGUAAAAUUGAAACAGCGAUAGCCAUUCAUCUCUGUGCCAAGUACCCUUUCAGAGAUUCAUGUCUAGUUGUUUAUGAAUGCUGAACCAAAUCCUUACCCUGAUAAAGACAAAACAGCGAGACAUGAAUCCAUAUCCCGUCUUCGUUCUUCUGCCUUCGUUCAGAACGAAUAUUUUGGAAAAAUUCGUCGAGAAUUUCGUUUUACACGAAGGCAGAAGAACAAAGACGGGAUAUAGUUUCAUGUCUCGCUGUUUUGUCAGGGUCUGGGCAAGAAUUAGGGCAGUAUUCAUAAACAGCGACAUGUGGUAAGACACGUUGAGCGAACACCACUGACCAGUGACGUCCAACUCAGUAUGCGCAAGAUAAUGUCACAGGUGAGAUAAUGUGCAGACGGCAAAAAUUGUCAAGUACGCCUUCGUACUUCGUUGUCUUGCUGAAACUCUCGAAUUAAAGGAUUAUCGGAGCCCCUCCCCACCCCUCUUUAAACCAACGGACGUAUAUAGCUUCUGAUUUAAUUUAUCUUCUUCUCUCACAAGCUUCUGAUCGUAUCUUUCACAGGGCAGAGCAUCGUGCGCAUUCUCCAAAUUGUUCUUUUGCAAAGAAAGGCAAACCUCAAGGAAAACUAACAGUGGAAGAAUUUAUAAGAAUGGAAAUCGAGAGCCAUCACAAUAGAGUUGUGCGUAAAUAAAUUAAUAAAUAAUUGUUUACUGAAUAGAUGAAAAGAGUGCUUCCAGUUUGACUCUAACACCAAGCUCACGAAUCCCAGUCGAGACAACGAUAGGGAAAUUUUCCGCAGAAAGAUAAUUUUGUAAAAUAUUAUUGGCCGACACUACAAAUUUUCCGUGGGAAAAAAUUUUGAAGUUGAAAAUUUUCAUCUCUUAACAAUGAUAUUUUCGGAAGAUUUUCUGUCCGUGGAAGAUUUUCUUGAGUGGAAAUGGGCUAAAACACGCGAUUAAAAGUGGUUACUUGAGUACAAUUUGCUGAGCUGAGAUCAACCUGAGUUUUCUUUAUUAUUUAAAUAUCUUCCCAAUCUUUUAAUUUUAUUUAUUUUGUCAGGAAAAAAUUAUGCGCGAAAAAGUAAAAGACGCCGAAGAACUGUCAGAAGCCGUGCUCGAAGAACUUACAAAACUUGGCUCCAAGUAACUCCGUGCGUUAAGAUCAGAAACAUUGUGCAGUAUUGAAGGACUAUUUUAUAGGAAAAACUGAAAUAUUCCAAUUGAGUUUUAUUACAACUCUAGAUUGUUAGAUAUUUAGUGCAAUCUGUUACGAUCUGUUGGCUAAAUUAGAUUUUAUGAGAUCUGGACAAAAUCCGGGGAGGAGCCCCUCAGCCAAAUUCAAUCUUUCCGCAAAAACGGACCGAAGAGAAAAUCCUGAGAAAAAAACUGUUAACUAAUAAAAUCGUCUGGCAUUAGACAAGAGUAAA